AUGCUACGAGGAUUUACUUGCAUAUACAUCCAUGUCAAUGUUAGACAAAUGCACGACACACAAAGAAUGCACGGACGUACCGAGGAUAUACGUUGGCGAACACGAGCUUUGUCCUAUGGAACUGCCCACGCUGUGGUGUAUUUACUGGAGGCUCUGAGUUGUCUGAAGCUGCCCUCGCUAGCUCCGUCUCUCUCUCGCUCUACAUCACUCUUUAUCUCUCCUUCUCCAUCUCUCCGUCCUCGCUUCGAUAGAAAAACACUCGCCGGAGCGGGUCUCCUUCCCCGGCCUAAUUUCUUACCCGACCGUUCACAUUUCACUUGUCCAGGGCGGAUGUCUUCGGCUCAUGUCCGAGCGGGUCCAACGGAGGAAUGCAGCUCUCUCAGAACUGGACAGCCGUACUCGAGGAUACUCGUGAUUAAGAAAGAUUAA